AGGAGGAGGAGGAGGAGGAAGGCCAGAGGGUCCAAUCCUGCGCACGGCGAGGUGGAGCUGAGAGGAGGAAGAGGAAGUGGAGGGGAGGAGUGAAGAAGAGGGCGGAGGGGGCCGAGCAGGAGCCGGGAGGGGCGGCUGCAUUCGUGACAGGAGCCUUUCUGAGGACAAAGGGCCGGAGAUGCCCUGAUCCUCCCCCGUGGCCUCUUUGAGGCUGAGUGGCGGCGCCAGAGGCCAGCGCUGCUGCUGGAGGAAGGAUUGCGCGUGUUUUCUCCGCAGAGGCGGAUCAGAGUCGUGGCUGGACUCUGCGGCGAAAGAGGCAGCACUUGUGAGUUGGGAAAGGAAAAAUGAGGUGAAACCCAGCAGAGGAUUUUUUGGUGGUGCCUGAUGAGGAAAAAGAGAACACAGAUUCAAUACUGGAGCACAAUUUAAGAAGAUAAAUGGAUAAACUGAUUUGUUAACAAGGAAUCAAAAAAGCAAUGGAGAUGCCCUCCGCAUAGCAAAGGCUUCACUUCUGAACCAAGGAUUAAACCUCAGUGGAAAAUGCAAGCAGGUGAGAAAUCAUAUGUAUGUUUGCGCUGUGGAAAGAGCUUUAACCAGAGAAGACAUCUUAUUAUACACCUCAGAAUCCACACUGGGCAGAAACCACAGAAAUGCUUGGAGUGUGGAAAAAGCUUCAGCACAAGUGGAGCUCUUACUAAACACCGCAGAACCCACACUGGGGGGAAACCACAUACAUUCUUGGAGUGUGGAAAAAGCUUCAGCAAGAGUGAACCUCUUAAUAAAGACCAUAGAACCCACACUAGUGAAAAACGAUAUAAAUGUUUGGCUUGUGGAAAGAGCUUCAGCACGAGUGGACAUCUUACUACACACCAUAGAACACACUCUGGGGAAAAACCUUAUCAGUGCUUGGAGUGCGGAAAAAGAUGUAGCACAAGGGGAAAUCUUACUGUACACCAGAGAACCCACACUGGUGAGAGACCAUAUAAAUGCUUCAAGUGUGGAAAGAGGUUCAGCAUGAGGGGAAAUCUUGAUAUACACCAAAGAACCCACACUGGGGAGAAACCAUAUACAUGCUUGGAGUGUGGAAAGAGCUUCAGAACUAGUGGACAUCUAACUGGGCAUCUUAGAACCCACACUGGUGAGAAACUAUAUGAGUGCUUGGAGUGUGGAAAGAGCUUCAGCACAGGUGGAGAUCUUUCUAUACAUCAGAGAACCCACACUGGGGAGAAACCAUAUAAAUGUUUGGAGUGUGAGAAGAGCUUCAGCACUAGUGGACGUCUAACUAGGCAUCUUAGAUCCCACACUGGGGAGAAACCACAUAAAUGUAUGGAGUGUGGAAAGAGCUUUGGGCAGAGUGGAGAUUUAACUAAGCAUCUUAGAACCCACACAGGGGAGAAACCGCAUACAUGUUUGGAAUGUGAGAAGAGCUUCAGCACUAGUGGACAUCUAACUAGGCAUCUUCGAACCCACACUGGGGAGAAACCACAUAAAUGUAUGGAGUGUGGAAGGAGCUUCCGGCAGAGUGGAGCUCUAACUAAGCAUCUUAGAACCCACACUGGGGAGGAACCACAUUAAUGCUUGGAGUGUGGAAAUAGCAUCAGGACAAGUCUAUAUCUCACUUUCCACCAUAGAACCCACACUGGGGAGAAACCGCAUAAAUACUUGGAGUGUGGAAAAAUCUUCAGACUGAGAGGAGGUCUUACUACAGACUAUAGAACCCACACUUGGGAAACCACAUAAAUGUUUGGAUUCUGGAAAGAGCUUCAGAAACAGGGGAGCCCUUACUAUAAACUGUAGAACCCACACUGAAAGGAGGAAGUCACGCCUUCCUGCACCUGCACAAAUUGAAGCAGUAGAUUGAAACUCAUUGAACUGAAGACAAGCCUGAGAAUCUCCCUCAAUUUGUGAAAUAUAAACCAUUCUGAGAUUUCUACUUCUGAUUUCUCUUGCUUCCCUCUGAACAGAUUUAUAGAUGUGUUUUGUAUUGGUGUUAUGAAUAAAUGUCCAUAAUUCGUUCAAAUAGAUUAAUGAAUACUAGCUUAAACUGUGCAGAGCAUCUGCGUGCUAGUAAUUAAUGGCUCCCCUCUUCCCCUGCUGUUUUUGGACUACAACUCCCAUAAUCCCCAACCACAGUGGCCAACCAUCUGGGAUUAUGGGAGCUGUAGGCCAACAUCUGCAAGAGGGCCAAAUUUGAGCAGCCCUGCUGUAGAGGCUAAAGAAAGGAGCUGCGGCAGGGGCCGAGCGCGGGACGCAGAUGCCUGAUUUUAGUUCCAGGGGGUCUGAGUUCGAAUCCCCAUUUGGCCAUGACCCUCAAGGGGAGACUCUGGAUCCGUCCCUCAUCACACAGCCUGACCAACCUCUCAGGGUUGUUGUGAGGAUUUGAAAAAAGGUGACUCCCACCGUGAACUCCUUUGACCAAAAGCAAACGGUGAAUGUGAAACAGCCAGACAAAUAUCAGCCCUUUUGAGCUCAGCCCAGAACGGAGGAGGCAGCCACCGAGGAGGAGGACAGAGGGUGCUGCUGGGAACUGUCCUCCCGAGAGCAUCGAGAGCAUCGGCAACCUCGUACAAAGCGUUGCUGCCCUCAAGUGCUGACAGCAGAGCUGGGCCAACCAGGCUCUCCAGCGGUGGUGGUGGAACUACAACUCCUAUCAUCCCCAGUGACUUCUGCACUUGCCUUUGACAUGCCUUGGUGCUGAGCAGGCAGAUGCAGAAACUGAGCAGCUGUGUCUGCCAACUGGAAGAGGUGUUUGUAGAAACAUCCUAUUUGGUUUGUUUUGAGUGUAUGUGUUUUGUGGUGUUUUGUUUACCCAAUCGACUGUAGAAACAUAAAGCGCUGUGUUGGUUUGUGUGUAAAGAAGAGAGAAACCUGACGGGUCCCACCACCCACGGAAGAUCUCCCCCCAGAAAGGAGGCCAGCCUUUCCCCUGCUGAGCGGGGGUCCCGGAGGGGCGUGGCCUUAGAGGGCUCAGCCAAUGAGAGAGGGGACAGUCUGUUGGAUUAGGAGGGGCGCCGCGGAGUGCGGGGGGGGGCUGAGAAGGAGCAGGCGGGGACGCACCUGGCUGCAGGAGAUGGCCUCGGCGUUUUGGCUUUUUCCUGCAGACCCCUCCGGCUAUCAAUGUGGGCUUUGUUCCUGGCGUCCCCGCCCCCGGAAAGGAAUUUUGGAAGGGGCCGCUUACACUUCCCUCUCCUCCCCCCCCCCCGAAACAAGCAACCAAUCCUGUAAGAGAUUUGGUCCCUCCCCCGCACCGAAUCACGCGAGGCCAGCUGCGGGACCGGGGCCACUUGAGAAAGAGCCCGCCCCGCGCUUUCUCUCUCUCUCUCGCUUUCUUCUUCAGCUGUGCUUAGCGCUUUGGCCCUUUUUGUUCUUGAACCUUUUUUGUUGUGGUUGCUUAUUUGGAUUUCACGUGGACUGGAGUUCCCCUGAUCUUCCUCCCUGGCUGCUUGGAGCCUGCACCUGAAGUGCGUUGCAAAAGGACCGCGCUGCUGCACGCAACGUUGGGAGUGUUUCUACUCACAAUCCAGGCGGAUCAGACUCGUGGCUUGCGGCUGGACUCGUUGGCGAAAGAGGCAGCAGGUGAGAGUUGGGAGAGGAAGAGUGAGGGGGAGACCAGAAGAGAAAUUGUUGGUGGUGCCAGAUAGAUAUUUUAAAAAGGAAUCACAGAUUAAAAACUGGAGCACAAUUUAAAGAAGAGAAAUGGAUAACCUGCUUGUUAACAAGGAAUUUAAAAAAUGGAGAAAGUAAGAGAAAGCAUCCCGUGUCCUCUGUGUAACAAAAGCUUCUCUUGUGAACCAAGCUUUAAACCUCAGUGGGAAGUGCAAGCGGGUAACGACUGUCUGCCGUCUCUGGACAAGACCACAUCAUCCCGUACAGAGAGUAAUGUCCCUAAUUCCGAUGUGGAACAUCCCGAAAGCACCACAAUUGACAUUCAGCACAUAGGGAGGCGACGCUUAAGAUAUUCUCCUACAACAUUAGAGGUUUGGGGGCACCAAUAAAACCAAGGAGAGUUCUUAAAGCUGUACUCAGAGAAAAUCCAGGGAUUACAGCUUUGUAGGAAACUUGUGGCUGGGGAAAUAAUAAAAAGGACAUAUUUUAUCAUCCCCAAGUGAGACCACAAUUUUAAGGCCCCAGGGUCACCCAGGCCCAGUGGGGUAGCAAUUAUACUGGCUCAGUCUUUUGAUCUCCACCAGAUUAAAUAAAGUUGAGAGAGAUCCAAAGGGACAAUAUAUUUUUAUUAAGGGUAAGCAUAAUGAAAACUCCCUUUCAACCUUUAAAACCUUAUUGAAGACAUUUCUUUUCGGCCAGGUGUUUGCCCUUUAAAUCCUUAAAAUAAAAUAAAAAAAUUCUCAGAUGCUGUUCUUGUUUUGUGCACUGCCCUGAGUCUGUGGAUCAGGCAGCAGAGUAAAUCUUUUAAUAAACAAAUAAAGAUCUAGUCUACACAAUUGCAUCACUUUAUUGCCCUAAUCAAAAUCGAUACAAGUUUUUACUUAAUACACUUUCCCGAUUGGAAAAAUUUAGUGAAGGUAAUGUAAUUGUAGGGGGUGGUUUUAGCUGCGUUGUUGACCAUAUACAAGAUAAAAGUUUAACAGGGAUUUUAAAAAGAUAAACAAAAGUUCAGUUCAGUGGGAAAGCUAUUUAGACAGUUUUUGCUUACAGGUGUUAAAUUUUAUUCUGAAUUGUAUAGUCCAGACACGUGGGGUCCUGUAAUAUCGAUCAAUAUUUAAAUAACAUAGGAAUUACUCCCUUACUUUAUUGUCCUAGAGACUCUCCAAUACACCAUUUAUGACAGAGGAGCUGCAGGAAAUAAUUAAGGGGCUAAAAAACGUUAAAUCCCCAGGUCCCAACAGUUUUACAGCCCUGAUAUAUAAGAGGUUUGGGGAUAUUUUGAUUCCCAGACUUACGGUCCUUUUUAAUUCCAUAUUAGAAGGCCGCCCAAUUCCUGACUCAUGGAGAUUUUUCAGAUUAGUCAUGAUUCCAAAAGCUAAUAAAGAUAAAGAACCUUGCUUUCUCAAAAUCUUAAGAUAUUUACAGCCUGUUUGGUGAGAAGGGUACAUCCUUUUAUAGCGCACAAUAUAAACCCUGAUCAGACUGGUUUUGUUAAAGGGCGUCAGAUUGCAGAUCCAAUUUGCCAGAUAUUGAACUGUUUAAACUACAGUUUAAAAAAAGGAAGACGUCACUGGCUAUCCUGUCUUUAGAUAGAUUUAAAGCCUUUGAUCAGCUACAAUGGCUGUACUUAGUUAAAUUAUUAGAUUAUUUACAAAUGGGUACAGGGUUCACUAAUAUUAUUAAAUAACUUUAUUACAGAUCUUUUGCAACAGUUUGAGUUAAUUCUUGGGAUUCCAAGCCCUCUAAUAUGACGAGGUGCACAAAACAAGGACAUCCACUCCCUCCAUUACUAUUCAUAAUGUCUAUAGAACCUUUGGCCAUCAGAUGUGUCUCAGGUGGAGGCUGGAGCCAGGAGUGCUUGGUGUCAGCUCCGGCUGAUUUGACAGCUGGGCCCAUUCCUUGAAGAGGAUGACCACAAAACAGUGGUGCAUCCGCUGGCAACCUUCCGGCUUGACUACUGCAAUGUGCUCUACAUGGGGCUGCCUUUGUACGUAGUUCAGAAACUUCAGAAUGCGGCUGCCAGAUUGGUGUCUGGGGCAACCCAGAGAGACCAUAUGAUGCCUGUUUUGAAACCGUUACACUGGCUGCUGAUAUGUUUCUGGGCAAAACACAAAGAGCUGGUUAUUACCUUCAAAGCCCUGAAUGGCUUGGGUCCGAGCUAUCUUAGAGAGCGCCUUCUUCUGCAUGAUCCCCACCACACGUUAAGGUCAUCCGAGGAGGUCCGUCUCCAGUUUGUCUAGUGGCGACUCAGAGGCGGGUCUUCUCUGUGGCUGCUGCUGGGCUGUGGAAGGCACUCCCGGCAGAAAUCCGCAAUUGGAGUUCAUUACUGUCUUUCAGGAGAGUCCUUAAAACCUAUCUGUUUGGCCUGGCCUGCCAGGGUUUUUAAACUAUUGUGAACUGUUUUAAAUGGUUGCCCUGGUUUUCCAGGGUUUUUAGCUGUUUGACUGUUUAAUUGGUUUUUUCCUGUUUGUAUAGUUUUGAUUUUAAUUGUUAACUGGUUUUACUUGUUUUUAUUCUGUUGUAAACUGCCCUGAGCCAUUUUGGAAGGGCGGUAAGUAAGUAAAUAAAUAAAAUAUGCGGACACUGCA